AUGCCGCCAAUUUUUGCAGAACUGAAGAUUUUCAAGGACUUGAAAAAGAAGUGGUUGGACUUGGGGAGUACUCUACAGCAAAAGGGUGACGACUCUCUAAACUUAGUCAUAUACAAGGAACUCACCGAAACCAUCACUAUUCUUGACAAACUCACUAAGUGUUUGUCGGACAACAAGUUGGAGGGGGUUAAAAAUGAAGAUCAAAUGAUUAGUCGGGCUACGGAUCUCAAGAAGGAGAACCGGUUUUGGGCAGGAGUGGUAUUCGAGCUUCCUGAUUCUGCUACUGAUUCGCUUCCCUCUGAUGUCACCUACAAAAUCCGCAUGGACAGAAAUAUUAUCAGCAGCAAUAAGAUCUACGAUAAAAGCCCUUGGGAACCUGGUAUACCUAGAGAGGAAUCGGCCUACAUUUCGAGUGGCUUUGUGCAUCUUCAGGACAUGGUGGAGAAGGCCUUGAUUGAAAAACUCACAAACAAAACACAAAACACUGGCCUCUACAUUAAGCAAAUGCCAUACUCCUGCUACCGAACUGAUCCAUUAAUAUGGAUUUCUGAUUUUAUUCCAAUUUUCCUUGUACUGAUUUGGACCUUUAACAUCACACUGAUGAUUAAUGGCUUGGUUUACGAGAAAGAAGCCAGACUGACAGAAACGAUGAAAAUGAAUGGACUGAAAACAGGAACACUGUGGCUUGGCUGGUUCAUCAGCGGUCUUGUGCCUUUCCUGCUGAGUAUACUAUUCAUUUUCAUUCUAUGUAAGGUGUUUACCAUCAUGCCAAGCAGCAAUGGGAUGGUCAUAUUUAUUUUCCUGAUGGCAUUUGCCUCUGCCACUAUCAUGCAGUGUUUCCUCAUCAGUACUUUCUUCUCCAAUGCCAACAGGGCUGCUGCAUGUGGGGGGCUCUUGUACUUUUGCCUCUCCUUUGCAUAUAUACCAUUUAUGUCAUGGCAAAACAUCCCUAGCACAACUAAAUUUUUGGCCAGCUUUCUGUCUCACGUGGCCUUGGGUUUUGGCUUGAGACAUAUCAUUAAUUACAACCAGAUAGGAGACGGGGUUCAGUGGUCCAGUUUGCAGUCCAGUGAUGGAGACCCAUACAACCUUCUUACAUGUGUAAUAAUGCUCUAUGUGGACGCCUUCAGCUAUGCUACAGUAGCCUGGUAUAUCGACGCCGUGUUCCCCGGCGAAUAUGGUGUGCCCAAGCCUUGGAAUUUCAUCUUUAAUAUCAACUACUGGAGGAGGUUUCCACUGAAGAAUGAUAUGCCAGUCCCUACUGUUCUCAAACUGCAUAAUAAAGAUUGCAUUGAAGCAGACCCAACUAACCUGGUCCUGUGUGUCAGUAUAUGUGACCUGGUGAAAAUCUACAAAAAAGGAGGCAAGAUGGCUGUCAACCACCUCGACCUUAAGUUUUAUGAGGGACAGAUCACCUCACUUCUCGGACAAAAUGGAGCAGGAAAAACAACUAUCAUGUCUGUACUGAUUGGUCUGUUCUCUCCUACUUCGGGGACCGUGUAUAUACAAGGGAUGGACAUCCGGAAAGACAUAGACAUCAUCCGAAGGACCCUGGGAUUUUGUCCACAACAUAAUGUCCUGUUUGAUAAUAUGACAGUGCAGGAUCAUGUGUGGUUUUACGGACGUCUCAGGGGUAUGUCUGAAAAAGAAGUAAAGGCUGGCCUUAAUUCUUGGCUAAAAGAUGUUGGACUGCUGCACAAGCGUCAUGUACAGACAAAACUCCUCUCUGGUGGAAUGAAGAGAAAGCUGUCUGUGGCAAUUGCAUUUAUUGGCGCAUCAAAGGUGAUUGUUUUGGAUGAACCUACUGCAGGGAUUGACCCGCACUCCCGUCAAGGGAUCUGGGACAUACUGCUGAAAUAUCGCAAAGGCCGAACAAUAAUCCUGGCCACUCACUACAUGGAUGAGGCAGAGUUACUUGCUGAUCGUAUUGCCAUCAUCUCCCAAGGAAGGCUCUGCUGCUGUGGGUCCCUGCUAUUUCUUAAAUCUAAACUGGGGGUUGACUUCACUGUGACUCUGGUCAAAGAGGAUACAAAAUACCCCAUCUUGAAGCUGGAGCUUGGAUGCUUCUCGACAAAUCAAAGUAACAUCAGGGGAGCCAUGUUUGGUUGCAGCUGGUACUUUACCAGCUCCAAUGGCAGUUUUAACUGGUCCUAUGUCAGGAUCCAAAUCCUGGGCAACUUUGAUUUCUUGUGGCCCAUGGCUGCACUGCUGUCAAUGGUGCAGCGCUACUUUCCCAGAGCAAAGCUGAUGGAGUCAAGUCAUGAGGUGGCAAUAAAUAUACCCCAGGAAGACUACAAGAUCAGGCGCAUGGCUGUCUUCCUGUCUGAACUGAAUCAGAAUCUCAGCACAUUUGGAAUUACCAGCUAUGGCUUGUCUGACAGGUCGUGCGACGCCCUGGACCGGUGCUCGGCUUGCAGUGACCUGUCUGACGAUCCUUGUGGGGGGUUUGCGGAUGUGCCCGUUUGGGCGCCUGGAGCGCUGUGGUAUGUCGGCUCCUGCGUCCGCCUGGAGUUUGGUGAAGGCGUUGCGUCUUCGGAGCUCGGCUCUUUGUCCACCACGGGGGGCUCGUUGCCGGCUCCCCUGAUGUUUUCCAUGCUGGAGGUGCUGCGCGGCGUGUAUGCAGCUGGACUCGCCUCAUCAGCCUGCUUCGGCACCGACGAGCACUAUUUUUUCGACUCCGGCGGACCGCUUCUGGUCAGGGUGGCUACGGUCACUGGCCCGGUGACGGCUCUUGUUCUGGACCUGGUGCCGUCUUCUCCUAGCCAUCGAGCCUGUGGCUCCUCGGGCUUGCCCCCGGGAUUUUUAUCUGACCUACUUCCUGGUUCCGGAGGGGACCGGCGGUCUAUGUUGCCUCGAUCGCCGCUCCUCAUGCCAGGGUCUCUGGUGGCUCUGCAAGGAGCCAUAGCCUGGUUCUUCAGGGGGGCCCUGAGGCUCCGCACCCACAGGUAUAGUGCUGUCAUAGAACAACAGGUUAGCGACCUCCUGAGUGGAACUCAGCAAGGUGUCAUCUUGACUGGAUGGAGGCUUACAUGGCAGCAUCUGAGAGCUCUCUUCAUCAAGCGAUAUCUGUAUUUCCGAAGGGAUCUUCAAGGCAUCUUCAGUCAGCUCGACCAGGAUGUCGAACAUCACGAAGGGCAGUUCACCCAUCUCGAGAUCCACGGCGAUCUCUAUGUUCUCCUGCUGGGCAAGCUCCUGCUUGGCCUGGAUCUUCCUGACCAGGUGUCGGCCUCCACGUCCCCGACGAUGAACCCGAUGAGCUUUAGCAAGUGCAGGCACUGGGCCGGCCUAUUGCUGACCAUGAAGUUCUUUACCCUGGUCCAGUAUUUGGUGCCGCACAUGUGGCCGUGCUUGCCAAAAGAAUACUCCAUCGGCUCAGAGUUGGCCUUCCCCAUGCACACAUACUUGACCCUGUGGAUUCUUGCUGAGGAUGAUGCCCCCGCAGGAGGCGGGCAGAGCAUUACAUUGUCCACAAGAGCCUCUUGCUCUUCAAAUGUCCCUCUUCGCUUCUUCUUCAUCUAUGAGUCUGCACUGAAACAGCACCACGCAGGCGAUUGUGCUGCACGGUCCCAAGUGCAGAUAUGGCAUAACACGAAAGGCUCACAUUCGCUCGUGUCAUUUGUUAAUGUGGUGAACAAUGGAUUUCUAAGACAAACGCUCCCCGGUGGUAGUAUUACUGCCACCAAUCACCCACUGGCACUUGAGGAGAAGACUGAUGAAAGUGCGAAACACGCAAUACUAAAGGAAUUUGUCACUCGUGUCAGCAUCAUAUUUGCCAUGUCCUGUGUGCCAGCCAGCUUUGUGCUAUUCCUGAUUAGGGAAAGGGCAAGUAAAGCCAAACACCUCCAGUUUGUCAGCGGAGUCAAACCAAUAAUCUACUGGGUGGCAAACUUAUUCUGGGACAUGAUCAACUACACCCUCUCAGCUAUGAUUGUGGUACUCAUCCUUAUCAGUUUCCAGCGUGAAGAAUACAUCAAAGCCGGUAACCUGCCAGCUCUCGUCCUGCUUCUUCUCUUAUAUGGGUGGUCCAUCAUCCCCUUUAUGUACCCUAUUUCUUUUAUGUUCACCCUUCCCAGUAAGGGAUACAUUGUUUUGACCACUGUUAGCCUAGCCAUUGGAAUUAUUUCUAGCUUGGAUUUGUUUCACGACUCUACAAAGACGAAUGACAUAGAAAGAAUAUUACACAUCUUCCCCCAUUACCACUUGGGACGAGGACUCAAAAGAGCAUUGCUGCAGAUAUUUGAAGAGGUGGGGGGUCAGCCUACCAUAUAUUCUUUCAACCUGGAAUAUGAUGGAAGAAGCCUCAUUGCAAUGGCAGCAGAGAGUGUCAUCUUCUUUCUUUUCACCAUAUUGCUGGAGUACAAGUUCUUCAUCCAUAGGAGUGUACACCCUUGCCCUAAGAUCCCUCUUGUCUCAGAGGAUGAGGACGUGGCAAGGGAAAGGGAGAGAGUUGAAAGUGGUCAAGCUAAUUCGGACAUGCUCACCAUGAUAAAUCUGACCAAAAUUUACAAUGAUUACAGUACAGUAGCAGUCAAUCAACUUUGCCUUGGGAUUCCUCGUGGUGAGUGUUUUGGCCUUCUUGGUGUCAAUGGAGCAGGGAAAACUACGACAUUUUCCAUGCUGACGGGAGACACGAUGGUCAGCUUCGGAGAUGCUUUCCUCAACCACUACAGUAUCGUGCAUAAAAUGGACCAGCUUCGCCAGAUGAUGGGAUACUGCCCACAGAUUGAUGCCAUCUGGAGCCUCCUGACUGGCAUCGAACACCUGGAACUCUAUGCUCGUCUACGAGGGGUGCCUGAGGAGUCUGUCACCAAGGUAGCUCAAUUGACUGUGAAGAAGCUAGGACUGAGCAUGUGUGCCAAGCAAAAGGCUAAAGAUUACAGUGGAGGCAACAAGCGGAAGCUCAACACCGCUAUUGCCCUCAUUGGUGCUCCGCCUAUUAUAUUUCUGGAUGAACCCACCACAGGCAUGGACCCACUGGCUAAAAAGUUCAUGUGGAACUACAUCCGCUCCCUCAUGAAAGAUGGAAGAUCAGUUGUUUUGUCUUCUCACAGUAUGGAGGAAUGUGAAGCUCUCUGCAACAGAAUAGCCAUAAUGGUCAGUGGCUGUUUCGUGUGUCUUGGGUCUGUGCAACACUUGAAGAACAGAUUUGGUGGUGGCUAUAUCAUCACCUUUCGUCUGGCAGAAUCCAAAGAAGACACUUCUCAAGUCAUAAUCCUUAUGAAGGAAGUCUUUCCCAUGAUCAAGCUGAGGAAACAGUACCAUAACGUGCAGCAGUACGAGCUUCCGGCCAAUGCCUGCUCCCUGCCUCAAGUUUUUGAAAUGCUGGCCAACAUUUAUGAGGAGCUGGGCAUAAGGGAAUUCAGUGUUUCGCAGACCACGCUGGACCAGGUAUGCAAUAAAACGUUCUACUGGAUACACUUUCUAUAA